CCGACUGGAGUUGGAUUUUCUCGAGAAGUACUCGAAAGUUGAAUUGAAAUAUUGAGAGAAAUUGGGAAGAAAUUGAGAGGAAUUGUUAGCAGAGGCUCUUGGGAAAAUUGCUGAAGUGACGAAAAUACAAUGAAGGUUUUCAUAAUCCUCUCAAUACUGGGGUCAUGCCUGGCUUACUGCCAAGGGAAUGACAACUCAUCAACUAUUGAAGACAGCACAAAAUCAACACAUCAUCCUGACGGAAUCCUCCAUCCAGACAAAUCCAAGGGACCCCUCACCACUCAUGACCCUCUCCUGCACCGACUCAUCUUCCCGAAGAGAAUUCACGAGGACGUGAACAAGUCCCCGGUGACGUUGCUCCCCCAGGAUUUAACUGACGUCCAUGGGAAUAAAUCUGUUAAAAAUCCCAGGAACGUGAUAUUCGUGAUGCUCGAGGGAGCUGAGGGCGAUGAUCAAUGGCGGAAGUUCAAGGAUAACUCGACUUUCUUCACUGAAGGCGUUCUACAGAAAUGUUUCAUACAUGUUGCGUCGAGAAAUAUUUCUGGGGCUGAGAAUGUCAAUUGCGAUUGGAAAAAAAUUUUAGGGGAUGGUAUCAAUGACCUGAUGAUGUGGGCGAGACAAAUUAAACAGAUGAACAUUGGUACUGUGUCGGGAGGAAAUUUCACAUUACCAUCAGUACUUACUCUCGAAAAUCCAUCGAUUUUCCGUCCAAAAAUAUUCAACGAAAAUCCCCAAGACACGGAAAUACCACUGAGUUUUCUCGACUCAGAACCGAAGUUGGAUAAUUAUCCGGUUAAUUACACCGUUAAUAAUUUCCCUGGCAAUGUAAAUCAGUCCACAGUGGGGAUCCCCUUGGCUGUCAAUCCAUAUUCCAUCGGAGGUGAGAUGAAUGGAGAGCCCUGGGAUUUUCUCGACAUGAUCGCCAAAAUUCGCUUCGCGAUUUUCAAAACUUUCUUGGAUUCUCUGCAUGGGGAGUCCGGGGGAAGUGAUGGGGUCCCACCGCUAUCUGGAAGUUCUGAUAAAUUCCUGAGACAUUCAGGAGGAGUUGUCGAUAUCAUUGCAAAUACCCUGGGGGAUUUGCAGACUAUUCCGUCUGAGAGAGGAUAUUUGCUGAUUGUUGUGGCGACGAGCCAGGAAUUGCCCGAAAUUUCCGAGCUCCUGCGGCGAAAAACUUCCGUCAAUGACACUCUCCUGAUUCUCACGGCUCUGGAAAAUUCCAAGGGAGGAGUUCCCUUUCUGUCAAGUGGACCUGGUGCAUCUCUCAUCAGCAGCACAAAACUAAUCUCCGAUAUUCCAAAGAUCAUAAAAUGGACUCUAGAAAGUGCCGAAUGCCGUCAGAACCGACAUCAACUGGCCCUUCUACGUCAUGGCAUUCCAAGAGGACGAGUUGCCCGUUCUGAUGACGAUGACGAGACGUUAGAGAGUGACGAAAUGAAUCCCGAAGAGGCACCCUCGGAAGCUGCACCGGAAACGAGCUCAACUGAUAUCAGUACCGAAACCACCGAAGGUACGACUCCUGAGUUUUUUGCAGAGCCCCGCGCAGAUUCUGGUGCCAGUGCCCUGGGACUCCCUUGGGAAACGUUCGGCGUUUUUUCCCUCAUAAUUUUCACCCUCUGAUAUUGU